GUUUUGGUGGUUUCUUGCCCUGUCCCUUCGACCGCGUGUUAGCUCUCGUGUCGUCUCGUUGACGAAACCGUCGUUGAUUUGGUCAGCGCCAACCAUGGCCCGUCGAAAGCAGGUCAACCCAUCGCGUAGCAGAGCGCAGGCAACCUGUACGCCAUCUGAUGGGCUCCUCGAAUCUGAGCCGUUAGAUUUGGCAGCGGAUCACGUGUCCCCUCCACCUGUCGUUGCCCCACCCUCGCCCGUCGUUCCGCGAGCUGAAGGCAGCUGGUGCAGACUCGACGGCGACGGAGGCAAUUGCCAGCUAACCAGCAAAGCAGACAGCUGGCGGAUAAUAUGGGCCACGGUAGGAGACCCUGAAGGUGCUGACGUUGCAAUACUAGGCCCAUUUCCAUCGUUGUCUCAUCCGUCGGUUGCCUCUCGCCACGUGCCCACACAGCAACGCUGCACUGGCUGUGCUGCCGCCACUGCUGCCACGGCGGCUGCCUCUGUCGCUGCCGCUUGCAAAACACCUGACGGUGCCACACCUGGCGAAACACCUGACAGUGCCACACCCUUCAGCUCCACACCCCUUAGCACCACACGCGAUAGCGCUGAUCCGUGGGGCCAUGGCGCCGUGCAGCGUGCGCUGAUAGGGCGGCAUGGGGAAGAGCGCGCGGAAGAGGGUGGCGUGGGUGAGGGGCGGGCGAGGGAGCGCGUGUGCCUGAGCGUGCGGGAGAGCGAGGGGGCAGGGCAGUUAUGCUCGCCGUCGUUUGGACGGCACCGGCAGCUGCCAGCUGUGGGUGCGGACGACGUGGUGGUGCACGUGGUGCGGGAGUUGCGGCACCCACGUGCCGUGCAGGCGCUGCUGCAACUCGCAGAGAGGGGCCUCGUUACAGUCACACCUCGCUUCACUGCAGCACACACAGCAGCACCCCGGGCACAGGAGAACACGCCACCAGCAGCGGCGGCUGACAGCCGUAUGCCGAAUGUGACGCAACCAUGCCCUCCUGAGUCUUCCCCACCCGGCUCCGUCCAGCUGCUGCUGGGCAUCCCCAGCAGCCUCCUUCCCACAGUGCCACCGCACCACAUAUGCUCUCCUCUGCUCUCCCCCAUCCUCAACGCUGUGCGGCGCCCCUCUCAUGCGCCUCACAUGCGCGCCCUCAUGGGCUGCCUGGCCCCCCAUGCCAUGCCGCAUCCCCCUCGUCAUGCUCCCCAUGCGCCCCAUGCCAUGCCACAUCCCCCCAUGCACCAUCCACCUGUACAUCCACAUGCGCAUCAUGGCUCUAGACAUGAGCACGGCCAUGGGCUUGAGGAUGCUGGUGGGAGCAUGGUCGCUGCUGCCAGCGUUCUGACCCCACCUUGCGCCUGCCAGCAUGCACCUGAUGCCGAUGAUGUGGUGGCAGUUGGUAGUACUGCUGACGUGGCUGUUGACACAAGUGCAGAGGAGGAAAAUAAGGAGAAGGGCGAGCGGGAGACGAGGAAGGGGAAGGUGGGCGAGGGAAGCAGCAUGGGCACGGCGAUGGAUGGCGGCAGCGAGCAGGCGGAGCAACACAGCAAUGCUUGCGCUCAUGCUGCUGCCCCUGCUCCUGCUGCUGCUGCUGGCUGUGAUGGCACCAUGCGCACGGGCACCUGCUUUGAUCUCGCUCACAUGUACGGAGCAGUGUGGCCCAGCAGGCACCUGCCACCGCUUGCCAUGUCUCCUCCCGGUCUGCUCCCUGCGCUGAGGCCGUACCAGAGCAGAGCCGUGGCGUGGAUGGUGCAGCGGGAGAGGGGUGCGCAGCGGGGGUGUGGGGACAACGGGAGAGUGGGUCAGAGGGACGCUGGGGAGCGGGAUUCAAUGCAGUUGGGGCAGCAUGCUGGGUGGUGGAAGGCGGAGGAGCAGCAGCAUCCCUUGUGGCGGCAGAUAACUGCAAUCAGUGGCGAGAGCACUGAUGGCACCUUUGCACAAGUGACGCAAACCAGCAGCAGUGAAUCUGCCGCCCCUCUUCUCUACAACCCUUUCCUAGGCACAUUCGCACGCCUGCCUCCCUCCACCGGGUCCACCAGACAGGGCAGCCUUGUGGGGCAGCCACAGUGUGGAGGGGCAAGGGAGUCGAUUUUCAAGACACCUACAAAGAGGCAGCCGCAGCAUCAAGAGGCAGGAGAGAACAAGAGGGGGAGGUGCGACGGGGAGAUGCAGCAAACCGACUCCUCUGUGGGUCCAGGUUCAGUGAAUGCAGAGUCAGGAAGUCCAGGGUCGAUCAGUCCAGGUUCGGUGAAUGCAGGCUGUGUGAGUCCAGGUUUGGCAAGUGCAGGUUCGGUGACUGCGGGUUCGGUGGGUCCAGGGCAGACGAGUCCAGGUUCGGUGUCUCUGCGGUUGAUGAGUCCUGUCUUGGCGAGCGUAGACUCAGCAAGUUCAGGUUCGGUGAUUCCUGGUUCGGUAAGCCCAGGUUCGGUAAGCCCAGGUUCGGUCAGCGCAGGUUCGGUAACUCGAGGUUCGGUGAGUGGUGGUGCGUGCGGGGAGGAGGUAGAGGAAAAAGGGGUCGUGGGGAAGAAGAGGGGAGCGCUGGGAAGAGGAGGAGAGAUGGUGGAGCAGACAGGAGGGUUGGCUUGUGGGGAGGGAGAAGAGGGGGAUGCUGGUGAGGAGAGAAGAGGACGCAGCGGGAGGAGCAGUGGCAGCAGCGGGGGCAGCGGCAUCGACUGCUGCACCCGACGCUCUGACACACAGGCAACAGCAGCACAAGAGGCGACAGCAGCACAAGAGGCGACAGCAGCACAAGAGGCGACAGCAGCACAAGAGGCGACAGCAGCACAAGAGGCUAGGGAGGGAGCAGAAGGCAGGGCCAGAAGGGGGGCACAGCGGCGAAUAGAGGCGGGGCCUUUGUUUCUGAUAUGGUAUCAGAGCUCGUUUCCGCCUAAGCGGCUCUUGAUCCUCUCGCUCCGUUGGAGCCUAGCAUUUGCGUCUUACGACGCAAAGCUUUUCUAGUCGCCUCAACUCAGCGCGGCGCUUCUUUUCGGGCUGAAGCCCGUCGCCCCGCAUCUGCUCGUCACACCUGAUCGGGCUGAGCCCGUCGCCCCGCAUCUGCUCGUCGUACCUGAUCGGGCUGAGCCCGUCGCCCCGCAUCUGCUCGUCGCACCUGAUCGGGCUGAGCCCUGGUGUCAUCAGCUGGCGAUCUACACGCUCAUCAUCCGUCUCAUUGUCAUCUUGCGAAGCUGAGUUAUACGCGGGCACCAUGGCAGCCCAAGAAGCUCGAUGGCUUACCUACCUCAUGGCUGAGCUCGGGUAUCCUCAGCAGACCCCGACUCUGUGGUGUGAUAACGAG